ACCGUUUUGUGGCGAGACUUUUUUGUCUGACCAAAUUUUGGUGAGACUUUCAGGUCUGACCAAAUCUUGGCGAGACUUUUAUGUCUUGCCUCUGGAAUGGCGAGCUGACCUUUGGAUUUGUAGUGUGUCCACUAAAAUAUAAUGGCCGGUAGGAUGAACUGUCCGCUAAAAACCAAGUCCACAAAUUCCGAGUCCUCUAUGAUUGAUGUGUGGCUCUCAAAGAUCUCGCAACAUGUCUGUUUGCACUGUAAAACAAAGGCAUAAAAAUUAUGCCUGAACUGGGUACAAACGGUGUUUGCAAAGCGCUCCGCAGAGACCGAAAGAUCAUGAAAUGGAGGGUGCAUUCAGCUACACCCUCAUUCCAGGAACGUGACAUCACGUUGAAACCAACGUGACAAACGAACGUGACAAAAUGUCACGUUCGUUUCAGCAUUGUGUAACGUUCGUUGGAAUGUGAACAAGCUGAUUUUUGGCCAAUUCACACCCAAACGAAUGUGACACAAUGCUCAAACGAACGUGACAUUUUGUCACGUUUGUUUCAACGUGAUGUCACGUUCCUGAAUGAGUAGUGGCCUGCCCGAGUCGCCUCAAUUUAACCCCACACAAGUGAAGCAACCUUAAAAAUCAAGAUCGAUGGUGCGGCCGCGCUAUUUCUUUGAUGUUUCGUCCCUUUUGGUACAAAGCCUUUACAAAUCGUGCAAAAGAUUCUCUAACGAGAAGGGCCGUUGGGUAUGCACCUUACAUUCCAAGCUCUUUCCAUCUGUGCAAAGCGUUUUUGACAACAACGGCCUAGUUAUAAAGAUCUCGGGGUAACCCCAGCACCGAGGGGCAAGCAUCGAGCAUGGAUUCACGUUCUCCGUAAGCCGUCGUCAGUACAUCUCUCCACGUACUACUCAAAAAUCCAGUAAAGAGCGCCGUUUAAAAUUUAGACCCCAAUAGAACAGAUCAAUGCUUUGCAAGGAGAUUAACCUCAUUUUCUUGAAAUAUAGGAAUUAUUUGAGAACUUGAGAAUGUCAUCAGUUCAUGUGCUCCGUCGAUGAGCCGUGAAAGGAGUCUCCCCAUAACGUCGUGGAAGAAAUGGGCAGAAACUGAAACCAAAAACAGAAAUGAGACAAGGACUUACAUAAACUCAGAAAGUUAAAAAAAUUGCCCAAGUUCAAAUUGCUGUGAGGCUUGUUUUUCAUAUCUUGGAAUGAACAAUGUAAAACAACGUAGAGCGUUUACCGAAUUCAAGAAAAAUAAUUUCCCCUAUAUUCAUUGUGGGAAAUGACACCGUAGCUUACGUAGCUGUAGCUUGAAGCGUACGGCGAUUCCGCUCUACAGGAAAACCUGAAUUGCUGCCGCAGGAGUUAAAACAACGGAACGCGCACACUCAGAGCGAGGAAAAUGGUCCGAGCGGAACGAUACAUGCGCUGUCGCGGCCGUGGCAAACAAGCCAAAUACCUACCGACCGCGCUCCGGACUGAAAACAAUAUUUUCGUCACGAGACUAACAGAGGUCAACCCGGGUCGAAGUUUGUGUGCCCUCGAGGCAUCGAAUGCCACACAGUUCUCUCUAGUUCCGUGGACGAUCGCUAUUCCGACUUUCUUUACCAAAUUAACAAUGGAUAUCAGCGAGAUCGAACUUCAUCGCUGGUCCGUUUCAAAAGGAAUUUCACUUCGCCCGUGAAGCCUUUUUGGGCAUGGGCCUCGCGCCGCCGGCGACUCGAAUGGCUUACCGGGACGGGGGGUAUGAGCGCGUAUUUCGGCGCGCACGGCAGUCGGCAGCAACAUCGCCCGCGACACGGCUGGCCACCCGCACCGCUCAACGCUGCAUGGAGUUUCGCUGAGAACCAACGCUUGAGCACCCCAGCGUCCUGAUGGUGCCCCUGCGGCGUGCGCAGUGUGGCGUCGGCCGGGCGCCCCGAAGCGUGGUGCUGCUGGCCGCGCUCCUGGUCGUGCCCCUCGAGGCCCCGCUGGCGACGCCCUUGCCGUCGAGCGCCCUCGGCGCGGUGUCCGGGCUCCUCCGGCACGUGGGCUCCGACGUGGCCGCCACCGUCACCGCGCCCGUCAAGAAGGCGUCCAGCGCCAGCGCCGGCAGCACCGCCGUCGUCGUCCUGGAGAGGCUGCUCAGAUGGCUGGCGCCGGUCAACGACAGCGUCACGGCGAGUACCUUGAUGGUUGACCUUGGUUACCCCAUGGAGACGCACUUCGUGACCACCAAGGACGGGUACCGUCUGCGCCUGGAGCGCGCGCCCAACCCCGGAAAGCAGCCCGUGUUCGUGGCGCACGGCAUGCAGACUGCCGCGCCCUGCUUCGUCCUGCUGGGACGCGGCAAGGCCUUGGCCCCUCUACUUCACGACGCGGGCUACGAUGUGUGGAUGAUCAACUUCCGCGGCACGCACUACUCGCAGGAGCACAUCAAGUACUCGAAGACGGACGAGGAGUACUGGAAGUUCAGCUGGCACGAGCACGGCGUGCUCGACAACCCUGCCGCCAUCGACUACGUGCUGGCGCGGACGCACUUCCCUUCCGUCAUGUACGCGUCGCACUCCAUGGGGUCCACGUCCUUCAUGGUGAUGGCGGCGAUGCGGCCAGAGUACCAGCGCAAGGUGAGCGCCGCCUUCCUGAUGGCGCCUGCCGGCUCGCUGCACGGCCACCGCAGCCCGGUGGUGAAGCUGCUGCACGCGGUGAACAACGCGACGCAGCCCCUGGUGGAGGACCUCGGCCUGCGCCGCACCAUGCGCCCGCUCUACCUCGCGCUGCGCCGCCUGCUCAAGCUGCUGCUGCCCGUCGCGCGGCCCCUGCUGUACGCCUUCACCUUCGCCAUCGUGGGCUUCAAGAAGCACGAAACCUACUACGAGCUCCCACAUUUCGCCGACACGAUCCCGAGUGGCGGCUCCUGGGGCCAGAUCUUCCACUACGAGCAAAACGCCAACCAUGACACCCAGGGCAUCCGGCAGUACGACCACGGCGCCGAGAGGAACCAGGAACUCUACGGCAUGCCGGAACCCCCGCUGUACAACCUGUCCGCCAUCCGAACGCCCAUCCACCUCUACCUCGGCAAGAACGACGUCCUUUGCAGCGAAAGGGACAUGGACUUCCUGCGAUCCCAGUUGCCGAACGUGGUGAGCGUCCACGUGGACGAGGACGACGCCUUCAACCACAUGGACUUUAUUGCGUCGACGGCGGUCGGCGGCCGCAUGAACGCCCGCAUCGUCGCAGACAUGCAACGCUUCUCGGCCGCGGACGCCGAAGAGGAAAGCUAGCGAAGCCUAGUUCAGGUUUCCACGUGAGCCAGGGACUUCUGCCUGGGAGGGGCUGAGGGGCUGCCGCACGGACGCCUGGAGAAUCGGCUCCUUUCGGACACCGACGUACGAUGGGUUGCCUACCCAUCAGGCGCCAAGCCUAUCAGGAGGUACAUUUAGUUGGGUCAGUUGGGGUAAUUAUGGGACACGGGGUAAAAAGGCGACAGCUGAUUCUUAGCCAAGAUUUGACAUUUUUGAACGCAUGACAUACCAAAUGUGAUGUUUUAUUGAGAAAAUAGCAUUUUACGGCACAAGUUCUAAAAUCUCGAUUCUUGACUAAGAGUCACCUGUCCCAUUUAUACCCCGUGUCCCAUGAUUACCCCAAGUGACCCUAGUGCAGUAAAAAACCAAACGUGGUCUAGACCGCAUCACUGGUGUGGUCAGAUGAGGGUCAUUUUAGCCGCAUCCGUUGGUGUGGUCUAGACCACGUUCGGUUUUUGCGUGCGGGACCAUCGUCCGGUGCAGUCCGGCCCGACGUGCCCAAGCUACCAUCAUCGAACACCAUCGACAAGCCACUUGCUGACUAUACGAGCUUUGAGCCAAUAUGAGCUAGCACGCGGAGAGCUUUUACGGGCCAAGCCGUGAACAAAGCACGUGCAACGAACGUUAAAUACAAUUCGCCCCGAAAAUGCCCCAUGCUUCAUGCAAGGGUCUCACGUGCGAUGCCAAAGCAUUGCACCAAUCGGUGCGAUGGAAACGGCCUCUCAAACGCAUUGCAUCAAUUGACGCCGGCGUUUGGAUUUUCAGUGGAGAUGUGCGUGGCAGUUCAUUGGAAGCCGCAUUCUAUACGACGAUGGUUGGGUUUUCGUGAUGAGGUAUAGGAUGUAUGAGAUUAUUUAAUUGAAAAUAAAAAUUCCGAAACCAUCAGUGUUACUUUACUUCUCGAGUCUAGUGCAUCCGGUACCACCAGUUGAAUUUCACCGCAGUGUCU